ACUAGCCAGGUGACCUUGGGCAAAGCACGUCCUCUCUCAUGACCUGUUCCUAACUUACAACAUGGCGAGACCAAUCAUAUCCCUCCUCGGUGUCGCUGGAAGGAUGCUCGGAAAUCCCACCUGGCGUCUGGGAAAGGCUUGCUCAGGUCUGCUAUCCUGGGUAUUAUACGGUCUUCACUUCCAGCGCUAGCUACACUGUGCCGUCAUUGCUCCUCGAACGUCUCUCUCCUUAUUAGAUUAUAAACUCUAUGAGGGCAGGGACAUUGGCUGUUUUCCAGUGUGUGCUCACACGGCAAUUAUUCAAACGGUACCUCUUGAAUAACUGAGUGCCUUAAAUGGCCUAUUGCCGAACACCUCCCCAGGGCUGUUAGCAACUUCACUCUCCAAUACCAUCUCCUUUUCCUGCGGGUUUCCACCUCCAUUCUAAUGCACUCUGCACCGACGAUGCUACUGUAAGGAGCCUCUCUCCUUCCCCUGUGAGCAGCCGGGCUGCAUACUUACUUCGCAGGGAGGUUUGAGUAUUAAGUGACAUGAGGAUGGAGGGUGAGGCCGAAUACAUCCUCCCUACUGAAACAAGAUAUGUUGGGUAUAUGAAGGACGGCAUGUUUCACGGCCAAGGAACCCUGUACUUCCCCAAUGGGAGCCGAUACGAUGCCAUUUGGGAAAAGGGAUUUGCUGUUCAGGGCACGUACACCUUCUCCGACGGACUGCAGUAUGACGCAAAGAACUGGCAUUACUGUGACGGCUACGACCGGAGGUUUUACACCGAGAUCUGCCACGGCCUGAAGCCUACAGGUAUCUCUCAACUCUCCAAUAUGGACCCGCCUAGAAAAAUCCCUGCAGGCUAUUAUGACUGUGGAGAUGGCUUCUACAACCCGAAAACGAGGGUCGUCAGGGACUAUAUGAAACAGUUUCUGCGAAAUGCCGAUGACGAUGAGCAUGAGUGGAUUAUCCGGACGUGUCGGAAGGGCUGGGACGAGUUUGUGGGUCACAGGCCCACGCUGUGAGCUCUGUAGCCACCUCGGCCAGAGGCUUCCCUCUGCUCUACUGGCAUCGGCUGGCCCUGGUGGCAGACUGUAGUUCAAGAACCUGAACUUGACUCGGGAAUAAAGGCCAUUUGCACUUCCGCGUA